AUGCCCAGCCAGACCUCCAAGCAAUGGCAAAAGAGCUUCGGUGCUUCUCAGGAGAAGUCCCGCCGGCCUCCGCCAUGGUCAACCCGCCCCCCUCCCCUUCCCUUCCUUUCAUAUGCACCUGUUCCCUUUGCGCAACGCCGUGGGUCUAACUUGUCUGCUGUAGCACAACGGCAUCCGAACCUCAAUCUCACGCCGGAGGAAAAGCGAGUCUUUUAUCAGCUUUUCCAGGCGGCCGAUACUACCAACCUCGGCGUUAUCACUGGCGAAAUCGCCGUUCCGUUCUUCGAGAAGACGCACCUAUCGCCGGAUACACUUGGAUUGAUAUGGCAAAUUGCAGAUAAAGAGAACAGGGGUCUCCUGACUCCGUCCGGCUUUGGCAUUGUUCUACGACUUAUUGGACAUGCGCAAGCUGGUCGGGCCCCCUCAGAUGAAUUGGCUUUGCAAACUGGUCCUUUGCCGCGCUUUGAUGGCAUCGUCGUCGAUGCUUCCGCUCCGAUUCCUGAAUCUGGCACCAUUAGCCCCCCGCCUGGUGCUGGCCCGCCUAUUCGAGUCCCGCCUCUGCAGCCUGAUGAUGCUAAUAAGUUCGUCUCGCUGUUUGAGAAGUCAGAUGUCAACAAUGGCGUGAUCUCAGGCGAAAUCGCGAAACAGAUCUUUGAGCGCGCCCGCCUUCCAAAUGAGGUCCUGGGUCGUAUUUGGUUCUUGUCGGACACCAAGCAGCGCGGCGCCUUGGAUGCCACUGAGUUCACCAUUGCCAUGCAUCUCCUCACUUCAUAUAAAUCCGGCGCUCUGCGCGGCAUCCCCGCGACCCUGCCACCCGGUCUUUACGAAGCCGCAUCUCGACGAGGAUCUGCUCGCGGAUCUUUUGGCGCAAGACCCGAGGUUCCUCCCGUCCCUGCCAUACCUAAACAAUUCACGGGCCCCCAGCGAACCGCCAGCCCCAUGAGUGCGACCAACCGCCCGCCGUUUGGAGGUAUUUCUGCCCAGGUUACCGGAAGCGACUGGUUGAUCACUCCUCAGGAGAAGGCGCACUUCGACACCAUCUUCGAGACCGUCGACACAGGUAAGGUCGGAACGAUCACUGGCGACCAAGCUGUUGGCUUCUUCAUGAAGGCUCAGCUCCCCGAGGAGACUCUUGCUCAGAUCUGGGACCUUGCGGAUAUCGAUGCAGACGGCCAGCUCAGCCGGGAGGAGUUUGCCGUGGCUAUGUACCUGGUCAGAUUGCAACGAAGCGGCAAGGAGCCACUUCCUCAAGUUGUUCCGCCUGCCCUGAUUCCACCCAACAUGCGCCGUCAGGCACCGGUGCCACCACCCAUGGCAGCCCCUACUCCUCCUCCGGCGCCCACACCUGCAGUAAGAUCUGCAGCCGAUGACUUGUUUGGACUUGAUUCUCCCGUGCAGCCGUUUGCCCAGCCUCAAAUGCCCCAGUCUACGGGAGGCUCCAACCCCGCAUUCCACACUCCUGGCUCGCCUAGCUCUAGAGCGUCUCCUCAGACCGCUUCAAACACAUUCAAGCCUUUUAUUCCUAGUUCGUCAUUCGGCCAGAGUCUGCAGCCCCAGAUGACCGGUGCAUCUGCAGGCACACCCACAGUUCGAUCCCCCCCACCUCCAUCGGACGAUCUCCUUGGCGAUAAUGACCCCGAGGAGACAAACAAGCUGAACCAGGAGACUACUGAGCUCGCGAACCUGUCAAACCAGAUUGGUACUCUCGCCAAGGAAAUGCACAACGUACAGGAGAAGCGAACUUCUGCUGAGCAGAACAUUACCCAGUCUUCCCAGCAGAAGCGCGACUUUGAGGCACGCCUUGCCCAAGCGCGGUCGAUGUAUGAGCAAGAAGUCACUAACUUCAAGGCACUUGAGGAGCGUCUCAAAGCUUCCAAGGCGGAGACCGAGAAGCUGCAGCAGCAAUAUGCACUUAUCGAGGGCAGCCGUCAAGACUUGCACAACCAAUAUACCAACGUCUCGACAGCUUUGGCUUCUGACCAGCAGGAGAAUAAUAGCCUGAAGGAGAAGAUCCGCCAGGCUAAUGCCCAGGUUGCGCAGCUUAAGCCUGCGCUGGAGAAGGCUCGCUCUGAUGCUCGUCAGCAGAAGGGCCUGGUUGCAAUCAACAAGAAGCAGUUGUCAACCGUUGAGGGCGAACGGGACAAGAUUCAGGGUGAAAUUGACGAAGUUGGAAGAGAAACUCCCCUGUCUGUUGAUGACGUGACUCCUGUCCACAGCGUGCCGGAGGUGGCCAGCCCUGCUGUAUCAUCCACCAGCCAGAACACGAAUCCUUUUUUCCGACGAACGGACAGUGCAAAUGAACAGGCCCGCUCGCCUAAUGUUUCCAACGACCAGCAAAAGGCAUUCGACAGCCUUUUUGGCCAGACAUUCGCACCCUCUGCUGCUGGCGCACCGCCCACUUCAUUCCGCUCCGAGUCCCCGCUGACCACAGCUAAAUCUCCUGUGACUUCCGGUGUGCCGACUCCAUCAGUCUCUCCACCUCCUGGAGCCCUGCCCGGAUCAUUCCCCGGCGCCUUGUCUGAGCCCCCACCGCCGAGCCAGUCUCGACAGCUCACCCCGAACUUCCUGCAGUUCAACGACACCCAGUCUUUGACUUCGUCGACCAUGGUCUCCCCUCCCGGAAGUCGCUUUGGCGGCGGCCCUGAGACAUCUGGUUUUGGUACUCCUUCUCAGGCUACCAGUGAUCAAGGCGCCCCAUCUGUGACGGAGUCUAGUGACUAUAGCCGUGCACCAAACUCCACCGUUGAAGGAACCCCGGCUAGAUCUCCAUUCGAGGAGGUACCAGAUGCCUCGAAAUUUCCCGAGGUCCCUGUAUUAUCGACUGAGCAACCCGAAACUGCCACAUCUCCUACCACCGAGGAGCAAGCUCAGGGUAGCAAAGACUUGAGUUUCGAUGAGUUAUUUGGAAGUAAGGCUCACAAGCGGUCAGAGUCUCAGCAGGGAAAUGACUUUGAGGAGGCUUUCGCCUCUAUGAAGCAAGGACCCGGAGCUGAGAAGACGAACGGUGCCGCCUCAGCUGGCCCUUCUGAGUUCCCUCCAAUCCAGGAGCUUCACCACGAUGAUGACGAUGAUGAAAGCUCCGACGACGAAGGUCCCUUUGGAUUCGAUGACAAUUUCACCCCUGCAGUGCCUAAGAAGGAGACCCACCAGGACUCCAUCGACGCCGCUCAGUUGGCUGCUUUCCCUGCACCUGGAGCGUCUGUCCCUUCGUCCCAGCCUCCAAGCGCUGAGGCUCAGCAGAGUCCCCCUGGCUAUGAGACACCCAAGGAAGACAGCAUUCACCUUCCUCCUCAGUUCGAUGGUCUCUUGCCCGAACGUGCUGAUCCUACUGCUUUCCCUGAUGCGCCUCAUUCAGUCGACCACACCACUGGAGCACCAGUUGUCGCUAAUGAGUCCGCACAUGACGCUCCCGCAGAGACUGUAAUUCCAGCCGGAGGAGCGAAGGUGGGAGGACCAGACUUUGACGCAGCUUUCGCUGGAAUGAACCUUGCACCCGCGACUGAAGCAGAUGAUGAUGAUGAUGAACCGGAAACCCAAGCCAAGAACACAAAUGACUUUGAUUUCUCCUUUGACUCCCCAGCCCAGAAGCAACACACAGGCUCAGGUGAUGUUGGCCAGGCCGGUUCAUCCGACUUCUUCUCUUUUGACAACAACGUCCACGCCUCAACCCCUCAACCCGCUCUAUCAACAGCUGGAGGCGAUGCCCAGCCCGCUGCGCACGAGUGGGACGCGCUUUUUGCCCCCCUUGACAACGCCAAGGCAUCCACCGGCGAAGAAUCCGCCGAGGAUAAGUCCAAGCAGCCCGGAUGGGCCCUCAACACCGACUCUGGCGAGGAUGACCUGAUACUCCAGCGUCUGACUGGCAUGGGCUUCACACGCGACGAAUCCCUCGAUGCCCUCGAGAAGUUCGACUACAACCUUGACAAGGCUGCGGAUCACUUGACCUCGAGAACUUGA